CUACAGUUGCUAAAGUGAUUGACAAAUUUGAGGAUGAAACCACAGAUGACAUUUUGCCAGUUGGGAAUAUAAGGAAAAAAGUUUCAGCCUCUCUCCUAGAAGUUGAUCAAAGGUACAGUGGAAGAGCUACAUCUCGCAAGGCUUUGCAGAAGGAGCUCUGGGGAGAUGCUCUGUCUGAAGAAGAAUCUGCUGAAGAAGCACUAGGUGACUGGUACAGUGGCAGUGAGGGUUCAGAAGAGGAUGACAGCAUAGGCUCCAAGGCAAAGGGGAGGCCCAGCAGUGCUGGCAGUGAGCAGGAAGAUGACUUGGAAGAUGAUGAAGAGGCAGAUCCAUCUGUCAAGGCCAAGACAUCAAAGUUCAGCUUCCAAAAUAUCACAGACUUUGAGAAGUUUACAGAGGGGAUGGAUGAUGUGGGAAGCAGUGAAGGGGAGGAUGAAGAUGAAGGGGAAGAGGAGGAUGAAGAUGAGGAUGAAGAUGAUGCCCACAUGGAAGAAGGAAGUGAGGAGGAGGAAUAUGGGAGUGAAAACGACGGCGAUGUAAAGGAAAGCAAAGACAGUGAAGAUGACGGAGGAGUGAUGACAUUCUCCAAAGGACAAGACUCUGAAGAAGCAGAGAAGGGAAAAGCUGUGAGGAACCAGCUAGCACUGUGUGAUCUGCUGCUGGAAGGGAGAAUCAAGAUGCAGAAGGCUCUCAUGACAGCCAACAGGCUCCCCCAGCCAGACACUUACCCAACGUUCAGGAAGGAGGGUGGACAGGAGUUUGAUAACGCUGUGGAGAACUGUUGUAAAGCCCUGGAAACCUUGCUGAACGUACUGGUGGAACUUCAGGAUGAGAUACUUUAUCAGUACCCAGGCACGAGGCACCUGGUUGAUGGAAAGCAAGCAAAACCUGAGAGUGAUGAUGAAAUCCCAAGCAGCAGCGAUGAGGAGCAAGGGGAUAAGGCACAGGAGAAGAGGAGGAUCCUCCCCAAACGGAAGCUGAAGUUUGAGGACUACCCUGAGUUCAUAGCCAAGCGCUACGCGGAUUGCAGGACCUAUAGGAACAGCAUCCUGCAGAAGUGGCAUGAGAAGACCAAACUGGCAACUGGCAAAAUGGGAAAGGGUUUCGGUGCCUUUGAGCGCUCAAUCUUGACUCAGAUUGAUCAUAUCCUGAUGGACAAAGAGCGAUUGCUCCGGCGCACCCAGACCAAACGCUCCGUGUACACAGUGCUGGGCAAGCAGGAACAGGAGCCUCAGCCUCCCCCUGAGUCUGUGCCUGAGAACUCGGAAGUUCUCCCUCAGUCAGAUUCCAACAGGCACCUGAAGGACAUAGAUGAGGAGAUAUUUGAUGAUGAUGACUUCUAUCACCAGCUCCUGCGAGAGCUGAUAGAGCGGAAGACCACCUCACUGGACCCCAAUGACCAGGUGGCAAUGGGCAGGCAGUGGUUGGCCAUCCAGAAGUUACGCAGCAAGAUCAAGAAGAAAGUGGACAGAAAGGCCAGUAAAGGCAGGAGAAUCAGGUAUCACGUCCAUAGCAAGCUGGUGAGCUUCAUGGCACCUAUUGACCAGUGCACAAUGAAUGAUGAUGCCAGGUGA